CCUAAAGUAGGCAAGAAUCGCGACAGUGUCAAUUCCUCUCCGGCAUUCCCAGAUUCAUACAAAAGGAGAUAAUCAUGGCUAUGCGUAUGUCUUCCUGCUGCUCAUUCUCUGUGGGUGUUAGUGUAUCAUCAAUGGGGAGAAAUGGGAUGUUUCGAGGCAGAUUGAAAUGCAUAGUACCCUGUCAUAUGGCUGCUAAGUAUACAGAAAUGAGGGGGCAUAUAAAAUUUCCCCAAAUUUCAUCAGGAAGCAUGGAUGAGGCGCCUCUAAGAGACAAAAAGACAGUUCCUUAUUCAGACCCUCCAAGUAGAGUUGAUAUCCAACGCUUGUAUGAAUUGUUCGAUAAAAGCAAAAAGCUUGUUAUUUUGACUGGAGCAGGAAUAAGCACUGAGAGCGGAAUUCCUGAUUAUAGAAGUCCAAAUGGAGCAUAUAGCACAGGUUUCAAACCAAUUACUCAUCAGGAAUUUAUCCGAUCGGUUCGGGCACGGAGACGUUAUUGGGCACGAAGCUAUGCUGGAUGGAGACGGUUCACUGCUGCACAGCCCAGUGCUGCUCAUAUUGCUUUGACUUCUCUUGAAAGAGCUGGCCAGAUUAGUUAUAUGAUUACACAGAAUGUGGACAGGCUACACCACCGUGCUGGCAGUAACCCACUUGAAUUGCAUGGUACUGUAUAUACUGUUAUCUGUAUAGGUUGUGGUUAUACUCUAGCUCGUGAACUAUUUCAGGACCAAGUGAGGGCUCUUAACCCCAAGUGGGCUGAGGCAGUUGAAAGUUUGGACUACGACAGCCGGUCAGAUAAAAGUUUUGGAAUGAAACAAAGGCCUGAUGGAGAUAUUGAGAUUGAUGAGAAAUUCUGGGAGGAGGAUUUCGUUAUUCCUGUUUGCCCAAAGUGCAAUGGGCUACUGAAACCAAAUGUUGUCUUUUUUGGAGAUUCUGUACCUAAAGGGAGAGCAGAUUCUGCAAUGCUAGCUGCCAAAGAAUGUGAUGCUUUUGUUGCACUUGGAUCUUCUUUGAUGACCAUGUCUGCAUUCCGGCUUAUUAGAACUGCAUAUGAGGUUGGGGCCGCCACUGCAAUUGUAAACAUUGGUGAAACACGAGCUGAUGAUUUUGUACCUCUGAAAAUCAAAGCUAGACUUGGAGAGAUACUUCCAAGAUUGCUUGAUGUCGGAUCCAUUGGUUUCUGAUUGGGAACCUGGGAGGUAUCAAUACUCUUCUAAGAUGGACUGGUUACUUUUUUGUUGUCUAUUGUUGUACAAGCCCGUCGUGUUCAUCUGCUUUGUUACAAUUAGGAUCCUUAACAUUCCAAUUGUAUAGUCAUUGUUCUCAUGAGUGAGGUAAGCUCUGCGUACUUACGUCUUACCCUUCUCAUACCCCCUUUGUGGGAUAGCACUGGGUUUGUUGUUUAUUCUAAAACGUAGUUAAGUGGUGGUAUGUGAUAAAUAAGCAAUAUCUACUUGUUCAUAAUUAACCAGGAAAGGAAUACAAAGUUUAGUAGUAAUCAGCAGGUGGUAGAAGUGAAUGAUUGUUGAACAUAAUGGAAAUAUGCCUUCCAGAAUCUUGGAUUUAAUGCAUAAAGUAAUCUUACAUCA